UACUGUCAUCUCUUCAGCCUGAGAAUCCUCUGGAAUGGGGCUGUAAUCGCCGGGGAGAGGACCCAUCGAUGUUUCAGAAGAGUCUUCUUCAUUCUCAGGAACUUCACUAUUGGGAAGAGGUCAUUGAGAUUCUGCCUCUUCCUCAGCCUCCUCAUUUGUAUCUUCUACAGUGACAGUUCCCCUUUAUAUCUGGUGGCAAGGACUCUAAUCGUCAGGCAUGAAACAACGACUUUAUAUUUCCAUCUGUCUUACCUCAGUGUGCCGGUGCCGGUGCAGGAUGUUGCACAGUUUGGCGCCCAUCUUGACGCUCCUGUAUCAGGAAAAAAAGGCCAGGUCCUUGUAUACUAAACAUCUUCCAAUACAAAGUAGCAUCGCACAAAGCCAUGAAUGGUCCCAGCUUGAAGGCAGAUCUGAGGAAGGACAUUCGGAGAGAGAGCUCCAGACAUCUGUGCAUCCAAUGCCUUGUGGAAUCUCCAACAAAGAUUAUGAGGUGUGUCCCCUGAAACAGAACAAAGAAAGAAAGACAUCUGUGCAUCCAAUGCCUUGUGGCAUCUCCAACAACUGUUAUGAGGUGUGUCCCCUGAAACAGAACAAAGAAAGAAAGAUAGAGCUGGGAGCUGUGCCCUGAAGAUUAAAGCAAACUUCAUGUGCUUGGAUUGAGAAUGUGGAGACACUGUGGAUGUCUGUACCAGCUCUGUGUGAGUCCCGAGUCAGCGACAAAGAUGGGUAUUUCAAACCCAAAAAAGCGCAAGAGAGAGGAGUCGUGGAAGCGCCAAAAAGAUCAGAGAUGAGCGCGUGACCUGCCAACCGGCAGCGGAGGAGCCGGUUCCUAUACAAGACAAAUGGAACACCCUCAGAAACAUCGACAGAAAACUGAACAUCUUUGAGGACUAUGGGGAAGAGAGCUACCUGUUCUAUAAAGCCCUAGAAGAGAAAUUCCUAACAUCGGGUAUUCUCACAAAGCAGACCACCAUUGAGGAAAGUCAUUGGCGGGAAGUCAUCACCAUUUCAAAGUGUAAAAUACAUGGCGAGGUACAUCUCCGUAAGGCAACUGAGACCUGGCAUCCUGAAACCAGUGGGGGCGACUAGUUUGUAUCUGGCCAUUAAGAUCAUGGAAGACAAUCCACCCAACGCAGAAGAGUUUGCGGAUCUGUUUGGUGAUUCUUUACCGACUGGAGUGUCGCCUGCACCAACCGACCAUAGACUUUUUUCUAGAGCACUUCACCGUAAUGAGUGUAUCCAUGGACUUGUUUUUUUUUUUGACAACAUCACUAGAGCAGCCAAUGCUCUUACAGCUGCCAGGGGCAUUGCAGCACUGACCAUGAUGAAAUAUGAAUUUCAUACUUAUUUACCAUCUUUAAUGGCUCAGUGCUGCCUUAAAGCUGCUGAACACAUCCUUGGAUACAACUCACUAGUGGAGUUGCCCAGCGACCAUCCAAGUCACAUCAUGCAGAAAUGCCUCAGAAAAACUUUACUCCUGGCAUCAGCCAACAAGGACUUUUUAACCAACUUAUGCCAGGAGUCUUUCCUGAGGUAUUUCCAAAGUUUAAUUCUCCCCCCACCAUCCAGAGAGGAAGAACAGGAGCCAAGAAGCCAGCCAGGCAGCCACGCGAAAUAUCUGCAAAAAAGCCACAUGAAGAGUCAGGAGCCAGUCAGGAAGCCCAGCAAAACAUCGGCUAAAAGGCCAAAUAAAGAGGCAGGAGCAAAGGAGCCAGCCAUUCAGCCCAACAAAUCUGCAAAAAGACCAAAGAUAGAGGCUUCUGCAAAUGAUCCCAAAGGUAGAACAGCAGCAGAGACAGUCGCACCCACGAGAAGAACAGCACGGAACACACAAAGAUGCUUUGUAAUGGAACACACGCAUACACAUAUCCGCAUACCCACACAGACACACACUGAGACUAUGGACAAAACACUUUCAUCCCACUGAUAUGACUAUCUUUUUUCUUUUCUGCCAAAACAGAACUCAUGACAUACCCCCAUACAUAUUUACAUAAACACACAUCUGAGUCACAGCUGCCAGAAGGGACAAGCAGUACCAUACUGUGGACAAGAAUAUGGUUAAACACACACAAGCACCUUUAUGCCACUCGGUAGACCCUGCAUUCCUUUUCACUCAAUCCCUCUGCAGACUGAAGAGCCGGGUCUGUAGGCUGCAAGGGGUCUAACGGAAUGGAGAGGAAUGCAGCAUUCACCUUCCUGCUUAAAGGUACUUAUGUGUAUGUUGCUAUAUUCUCUUCUGUUUACCUUCUUUACACCACAGCUUCACCAGCGGUGCUCCUCCCUUCAUCCAAAAUUAUAUAUGGGAGCACACAAGGAAUAGUUCAGUGUGAAAAUAAAAACUGGGUAAAUAGAUAGGCUGUGCAAAAUAAAAAAUGUUUCUAAUAUAGUUAGUUAGCCAAAAAUGUAAUGUGUGCUCCUGCAGGCUAACUGGGAUGGAAUUGAAAGGAAUGCAAUGUUCACCUAGCAGCUUAAUGGCGCUCAUGUAUAUGCUGCCAUAUUCCCUUCUGUUUCCCUUCCUUCCACCACAAUUCCAACAGCAGUGCCCCCCUUACAUCUAAAAGAUGGUUUCAUACACAGAAGCACCCUUAAGCCACUCAGCAGACCCUGCAUUGCUUUUCAUUCCAUCCCUUAAAAUGCAAAAUCUGGGAUCCAAUGGGAUGAAGAGGAAUGCAGUGUUCACUUAGAAGCUUAAUGGAGCUCAUGUGUAUGCUGCCAAAUUUCUUUCUGCGUCCCUCACCCUGCUUCCCUUCUUUAAUUAUGGAGCAUUGAUCCUGGGAGCAAAACCGAUCGCUGUUAAGGGGUCAGGAAGGAAUUUUUCCCUGUAGUGAAGCAGAUUAGACCAAGCUUCACAAAUGUUUUCUUUUUGCCCUCCUCGGGAUCGAAAAGCCCAAUUUAUUCCACCAAUAAAGCUGUAACUUACACAGAUUAACC